AGGGCGCGCCCAACGUGAACAAGAGCACACCAGCUCUCUCCGAGCCCUCACGGCAGUCCGGGAGCAGGUUCCCCGCGCUCUCCAGUCCCAGUGGCCUGCAAGGGGGCCGCCUCAAGCAGGGGCGCGCGGCCGGAAAAAACCGCCCGAGCCCGCCUCGUCAGCGCGGCAAACGGCCCUCCCCCAGCGCCGGCGAUGGCGGCUUGGACCGCCGACAGUGCAGGCGAGCCGCGCUGCUCGAAGAGCCGCCAGAGGGCUGCCUUAAAUAGACCAUGAGCAGGUAAUGCACCAUAGGCGCUAUUGGGAAUCAUGUCAGACGAGUCAGUCUCAGGGAGUGAUCCGGAUGUGGACCCGAACUUGGAGCAGGAGGAUAUGGAAGAGGAGGAGGAGGAGGAAGAUGAGGAUGAAGCAAUGGAGGAGGACAAUGAUGGAGAUGACGAGGAAGAUUUACUUGAUGAGAAUGACCAGACCCACGAAGCAGUGUUUAGCAGCGAUCACGUUCAGUGUGGUGAAGAUGGGGAAUGGCAACGCUCUACUUCAACUACCUCAUCUCAGAGUGAACAGGCAGAUAAAUUGUUGCAAAAUCAGCACAAGAGCCUGGACUCUGAGGACACCAAAAAGAAGAGGGCUCAGAAACCUUCUCACAUGAGGAGGAACAUAAGAAAACUGCUGCGGGAGGACCAGUUGGAGGCUGUGACUAAAGCUGCCCAGCAGGAGGAGUUAGAAAGAAGGAAACGACUUGAGCAGCAAAGGAAGGAUUACCACGCCAGCAUCCCCACAGUACCUCUGGAGUUUCUCCCAGAGGAAAUUGCUUUAAGAACUGCAGAGGUUGCUCAGCUUCCUCCUCAAGUGUUAGCUGAAGAAAUCAUCUGUUUAGACAGCACCAGCAGUGGCAGUGAGGAUGAUUCGAAAGGAAGACUACACAGCAUUAAAGAUGAAGUGAUAGAAUUAAGUUCAGGAGAAGAUGAAGCCCUCCAGAUUGUAGACAGCAGUGAUUCUGGCAAUGAAGGGGAUGAAGAUGCUACCGGAGAAAGCAGUGGCGCUCAUGUGAAUGAUGCAUUAAAUCAGUUGGAUGCUUCGGGACAAGUAAUUGUCAACAUCAAUCACCCUCCAAACGAAGAGGACCUUUACCUGGCUCCACAACUUGCACGGGCAGUAAAGCCUCAUCAGAUUGGCGGUAUCCGGUUCCUGUAUGAUAAUCUGGUGGAGUCCCUGGAAAGAUUUAAAACCAGCAGUGGGUUUGGCUGUAUUUUAGCUCACAGCAUGGGACUGGGAAAGACCCUCCAGGUCAUCUCGUUUUUGGAUGUACUUUUCCGACACAUCAAGGCAAAAACUGUCUUGGCCAUUGUACCUGUAAACACUCUUCAGAACUGGCUAGCAGAAUUCAACAUGUGGCUUCCAGCACCAGAAGCCCUUCCUGCUGAUUAUGACCCAAACGAGAUUCAGGCCCGCACCUUCAAAGUUCAUAUCCUAAAUGAUGAACACAAAACCACAGCAGCACGUGCCAAAGUGGUAACUGACUGGGUGACAGAUGGUGGUGUGCUGCUGAUGGGCUAUGAGAUGUACCGUCUCCUUUCACUGAAGAAAUCCUUUGCCACAGGCAGAAAGAAGAAAACAAAGAAGCAAACUGGCCCUGUUAUUAUUGAUUUAGAUGAAGAAGAUCGGCAACAGGAGCUCUUAAAAGGAAUUGAAAAGGCUUUAUCCCGCCCUGGUCCAGAUGUGGUCAUCUGUGAUGAGGGACAUCGGAUAAAGAAUUGCCAUGCCAGCACCUCUCAAGCCUUAAAGAACAUCCGUUCUCGGCGGCGGGUGGUACUCACUGGCUAUCCCCUACAAAACAACUUGAUUGAGUACUGGUGUAUGGUGGACUUCGUUCGUCCAGAUUUUCUUGGUACCCGGCAGGAAUUCAGUAACAUGUUUGAGCGCCCUAUACUGAAUGGGCAGUGUAUUGACAGCACCCCUCAGGAUGUUCGUCUCAUGAGGUAUCGCAGUCAUGUCCUGCAUAGCCUACUGGAGGGCUUUGUGCAAAGGCGAGGGCACAAUGUGCUGAAAGUUCAACUUCCCUAUAAGGAAGAACACGUCAUCUUGUUGCGGUUGUCAAAGAUCCAACGGGCUCUUUACACUGAGUUCAUGAAUCGGUUUCGAGAUGCAGGCAACAGUGGCUGGCUGGGUCUGAACCCCCUUAAGGCUUUCUGUGUUUGUUGUAAGAUCUGGAAUCACCCUGAUGUAUUGUAUGAAGCGCUGCAAAAAGAGAAUUUGGCAAAUGAGCAGGAUCUGGAUGUGGAUGACCUCAGCACAGCCGGUCCCAAUUCACGCUGCCAGUCCCAAGGAAUGAAAGGGAAGCCUGAGAGCAAUGCUUUGGCACCGCCGAUUGGAGAGGCCACCAACAGCAAAUACAUUCAGGGUAUUGGCUUCAGCCCCUUUCAGGAGAGGGCCAAUCAGGUUGUCACUUAUGAAUGGGCUAAAGACAUCCUUUGCGAUUACCAGACAGGAGUUUUGCAGAACUCACCAAAGAUGGUAUUGCUGUUUCAUCUUGUGGAGGAAAGUGUGAAACUUGGAGACAAAAUACUGGUCUUCAGCCAGAGCCUCUCCACGCUGUCUGUCAUUGAGGAUUUCUUGGCAAAGAGACCAGUGCCUUCUACCCAAGACUCAGAUACACAAGGAGUCCAUAACUGGAUCCGGAAUGUACAUUACUACAGAUUGGACGGCAGUACUUCAGCAUCUGAAAGAGAGAGAUUGAUUAACCAGUUCAAUGACCCAGGCAACACUUCUGUGUGGCUCUUCCUUCUUUCCACCAGAGCUGGAUGUUUGGGUGUGAAUUUGAUUGGUGCAAACAGAGUAGUGGUAUUUGAUGCUUCUUGGAAUCCAUGCCAUGAUGCUCAGGCAGUGUGUCGGGUUUAUCGCUAUGGACAAAAGAAGCCCUGCCACAUCUAUCGACUGGUUUCUGAUUAUACUCUGGAGAAGAAAAUAUAUGAACGCCAGAUCUCCAAGCAGGGAAUGUCAGAUCGUGUUGUGGAUGACUUGAAUCCGGUGUUGAACUUCACCCGGAGGGAGGUGGAGAACUUGCUGCACUAUGUGGAAGAAGAGACAGAACCUGCUCGGCUUUCGUUCAGCAAGAUUAAAGAAUCUGUUUUACAGCUGGCCUGUAUCAAGUACCCUCAUCUCAUCACCAAGGAGCCUUUUCAGCAUGAGUCACUGUUGAUCGAUCGGAAGGAGCACAAGCUCACCAAGGCAGAGAAGAAAGCAGCCAAGAAGAGCUAUGAGGAAGAGAAGCGUGCAUCUGUCCCUUACACCCGUCCAUCGUAUGCUCAGUAUUACCCAGCCAGUGACCAGAGUCUAACGAGUAUACCUGCCUUCAGUCAGAGGAACUGGCGACCAAGCUUCAAAGGUGAGGACAGGCCAGUGGCAAGUGUGCGUCCUGUUCAGUCCACCCCAAUUCCCAUGAUGCCUCGCCAUGUCCCCUUGGGUGGCAUGGGUUCGGCUUCUGUUUCCAAUCCCGGUAUCAACUUCCCCAUCAACUACCUGCAGCGAGCUGGUGUCCUCGUGCAGAAGAUUGUCACCACAACAGAUAUUGUGAUUCCAGGCACAAAUACUUCCACUGAUGUGCAAGCAAGAAUCAGUGCUGGAGAAAGUAUUCACAUUAUUCGUGGAACUAAAGGGACAUACAUCCGGACCAGCGAUGGGCGGAUCUUUGCUAUCCGUACUACUGGCAAACCAAAGGGUAGUGAGGAUCAUCGCAUGGUUGCCUCAGGAUCACAGGGUCCUUCUCUUGAAUCCACAAGCAAUGGGAGGCACAAUGCCUCCUCGCCCAAGCUUCCCAAUUCAGAGGAGCUCACUCGACCCAUCUCCCCUGACAGUCCUGAGAUCAUCAGUGAACUGCAACAGUACGCAGAGGCUGCUGCCGCCCGAGAGUCUAGGCAUAACUCUCCCAGCACCAAUGCUGCAUCUGGACACCCCACCCGGAAAGACAGUGUGCCCCCCUUAGUGGCUCGUGGAACUGACCAACGGGCAGCGGCCCACUGUUUGGCUUCGUCAUCCUCUUCAGCCCUGCCAGCCGCCAGCCAGCACACUGACAGCCAUUCGGUGCUGGACUUAAGAGGCAACAAGCGCAAGUCAACGUCACCAUCCGGCCCAGAGGAGCAAGCUCACCGGCAGCAAAAGAAGCGUCCGCUCCCUGCAUCUGUUCCGCCGUAUGAAAGUGGGUACCCUGUCUCUGGUGGGUUCACCAUGCCCUCGGUCCCUUUAAACCACAACCUAACCCAUCCCUUUGCUCCCCAAGCAGGCAACUCCUUGUACAUGGGCACUGGCUCCUCCUAUUACCAGCUGCCCAGCUUGCUACCAGACCCUCACCUGGUGUUCCCUGUGACUACUGACCCUCUGCUGACAGCCGGCACCGCCAGUUCCUCUGCUGCUACCUCAGCCACCGCCAGCGUCCCCUCUUUCAUGUUAAACCCCUCCAUGACGGGGAUGCUUUCCAACUUCACGCUGCCCUUCACGCAGUCACUCCUGCCUGAGCCCAGGAUGUUUGCUCCUUUUCCGGCCCCUGUCUUGCCCAGCAGCCUUCCCAGGAGCAUGGCAUCUGCCUACCCUGGCUUCAUGUCCCCACAUUCAGGAUAUCCAGCUGGGGGCCUCCUUCGGUCCCAGGUGCCUCCAUUUGACACUCACGAGGUCUCUGAGGUGGGCUGCAGCUCCAACGAUGACGAGGACAAAGACGAUGAUGUAAUAGAGAUCACAGGAAAAUAAUGGGUCUAAUUUCUGUUAGAUCUCAACUCAACCAGGAGGCAAAAAUUCCAUACUGGACCUUUCUGGGGGUCAGGAUUUUGCAUCCAGGACACAGCAGAGGUGGAGGAGAUUGGGAAAGAGGUGGCAUUUUUAGUUGUCAAAGAUCUGCUUUAGUAUGGGAACUUGUACUGAAUGGACAGCCCUUCCCCUCAAACAAAAGGAGUGGGGAGGAGGAUUUGGGUAGGGAAGCAUCAUUGCAAACCAUAGGAGUGCCUCCUUGACUUUCCCUUCCAUGCUGUUUGUCUCUGUUGUCUGAAAGGGAGACCUGCCAUUAUGUUUCAGUGCCCUUUACUAGGCCUGGAGACACUGGUUAAUUGAUAAUUUUGUCUGUGGAAUAACUGUCACACACGAACUGCCUUAUCUGUGAAAGUUCAUUACCCCGUGGUAAUAGGGGGUGAGUUUGUGCCCUAGGAGACAUGACGAUGAAUAGCAUCAUUAUUGUAGGGAGGGAGGUGGGGUUUGAAGGAGCAGGUAAUGUGUAAGUGGGAGGGUGUGGGUGGGGCAGGGUAUAUGUGAAAACCAAUUUGUCUUUCAUCUUUCUGAAAACUCAAGGCAGACUAACCUGGUGGUCUCCGCCAGGCCCUCAUUGAGCAAUGGCAGGAGUUGGGGAGAAACAGUGCUGAAGCACAACUCUCCUGCCACCGUUGCCAUUCCCAAGAGAACCAUUGGAAGGCAAGGACCUUAGUAGAUUUGGCUUCUGAACAGGGUUGGGUUAGGGCUUGCAUCAGUCUUUCGGUGGGCAGUGGCAGUUCUUCAUGAGGGAAUUGUGAGGACUUCCCCCAAUUCUCUCCCCAUUGCUGAGAGGUUUGCCCUCAGGUUUGACUGACGAAAGCUUAACCAGCAGGCUCCUGCUGACUCCAAUGAGCUGAACUCCUGCAAGAAGGGGGUGUGCUUGAGAGCCUUCCUGCCUGCAUUUUCACUGACACUGUGAUGGGACUGACCUUCUCCUUCUGCAGAACUUUCUUAAUUCAUUUCCAGAAAGUCUAGUGUUCAAAUUGAGGUCCCCCCCCCUUUUUUUCAUUUUUUUGCUUCUUAACUUCCUUACUGAAAUGUAUGGCCUCGACUAAAAGCAGUGGUUGUUUGCAGAAUGGUUUGUAUGUGAAAGAAACGGAAAGACUAAGGGAUCGCUUGACCAAAGCAGAGGCGAUGUGCAGGACCAAGGGAAAGCAUCUCCCUCCAAGUCAGUUUUCAUGUUUCUUCAGUGGAUAAAACAUCCAGCGAUGCCUGAAUUGUGUGUGCCUUUUGAGAGGGGACAUAACAGGAUGGGUAUUUCAGAGGGUUAGUUGUCAGUGUUCUGUGGAGCUGUGCUUAGUCUCUACCUCAUCCCUUUAGGUGAGUCGGAUACUAAACAACAGUUAAGUUGGUUCUCUCUCCUCUUGCCUCCAAUCUGUUUAAAAGGCUGGUUGAAAAGAGCAAGUCCCCACACCAUUCCAAUGGAUCCCUGACGAGGGAGACUGUAAGCCUUUAGGGAGGAUAUCCUGCUAGUAAAUCUCUAUUGUUGCUAGGCUCUGGCCCAAGCUUCCUCCAUCAGGCAUUCACCAAAAGUCUGCAUGGCGAAUCCACUUGCUAUUGUAGAUUGCUUAAGGACAAAAUCAGGUUGCGCCGGUUGGUUUAGCAUAAAACCUUCCGGCAGCCUUGUUUUCUGCUGGAGAAAUCUAUACAGAAAGAAAGGUUGUGCUUGGUAAUUGUGUUUCAGGCUUCUAAGCAUCACCACCUUAGGGUUAGCUGCACAUCACUGGAAUGUGACACCUGGGUAGGGCCAGCAUUGCCAGAACAUUGUGCUAAACCAGCCUUUCCAGGACCAACAGUUCUGGUCUUGUUCUUGCAUGACGGUUGCUACACAGUACCUGUUGUACCUUUGCUGCACAAAAACAAGUAGUUCCACUGAUGUGAGUUUAAGGUUGUCCCACGCAACACAACCUGGAAGUUAUUUCUCUCUUGCACACAACUCUCCAGUGGUUUACACUCCACAUAAUUUUGUGGGAAGCUAGCUACCACAUCGCAAACAUCAUGUGAGAACUGAGGCUUCGACCAGACCUUUGAAAAUCUGCUAAAUCCCUUAGUUCAGGAGGCAGUGGCUAGGAGUUCUAUAUGUUACACAUUAGAUAUUAUUCUGAAAUCUCUCUCUCUCUCUCUCUCUCUCUCUCUGUUAUUCUCUCUCAUAUACACACACACAGGGUGGGAGACAAUUAUGCGUUACAUGAACUGUUAAAAAGCAUCUAAUGUUGGGGCUUUCUGACUGUCUUUCUCUGUUAUUGGACGCUGCUGUCAGACUUAACUUCACCAUUCUUAGAAGCCUUAGAUUUACAGUUAGCUAUGCAAAUUACUUUAAUUAUUUUAAAAUAAAAACAUUAAAAUAGUGCUUUCUUCUCUAACAUAUCCUAGGAGUUGAAAACCGAGGGGUUCUGAGCAAACUUCUGGACAACUUGUCUUUGGAUGCACCAUGGGAUUAAAAAACAAACAAACACACACACCCCUCCCCCCCAAAAUAACAAAGCAUAUUAACUGAUGGUGUCCAUUCGCCUUUCUCCAAAGACUUGGCCACGGUACGUCUGUGAGUCAUGCCCUGUUGUGAUUUGUAUGUGUCCACCUCAUACAAAAUACGAUGACACUGAUUGUAUUGCAAACUCACUCAGAUGUCUUUUGCAACCCUGUAAGUGGGCGUGGGAACUGGAUAAAGGCCAGGGGCCAGACCUGCUGAAGCUUAAGCAGCUUUUUGGAGGAAAAUGACAUUUAGGUUUCAGACAGACUCAGUCUUCAGUGUGCGUUGUAUCUGACAGCAUAGCUGAUAACCUGAAACAUCCUACUGGCUCCUGUCUUAACUUCCGUUCACAAGACGAGCUGACAUGCUCUGAGGCUACUUCAAACAGUGCUUCUGCCUGAUUCUCUGGUUCCCUCACAAGUUGUACAAGGUUGCAGGAAAGCAAAUUGGACUAGGCAGAUUUAUUGCACAUUGCAGGGAAUAGAUUCAGCUGGAAUUGAAUAAACAAGGUGUUGUAACCAUCUUUUAAAUAGGAAUGGAAAGUAAAUGCUGUUAGCUGUAGGAAGUGGUGUACACAUGUAUCACUGCUCUGGCCACUGGAUGGCAGUGUUGCAUCUCAUGGUACAUUUAGGCUUUAAAAUGCCUUAUUUUGAAAAAAAAAUGGCUUUUGUAUUUGGUUAAGAAAGCUAUGAAAAUGUUAAGUCUAUCUUUGUGCAUUUUCUCUCUCCCUUUCUCUCUCUCCCUCUCUUCCCUUCAACUCACCUUAUGUUUGUGGAAUGCUGAUGCACCACUGACAAAAUCCACAUCCCUGUUCUCAGUUAAUGUUCAAUUAAGCAAGCCACUUUUUAUAAACUUUGGAGAGUAGUAUGUCUGUUGGGGCAGAUGCGUGUACUUCAGCAAGUGCCUGAGUUUGGGUCUCUUUCUCACCCUUAGGGAUUUAAUCACAUCUGUCUCCGAGAAUUUAAAUUGUUAUUCCCCAGCACUUGCCAAGAGAGAACUCUUUUGCCCAGUGGGAAGGAAGAUAGCAUUUCUCUGCUCUGCACCCUAUUUUUCUUAACAAGUACACAACACUCUCCUUCUCAAAAUACUACCACUCUCAGAUGUUCACGCUCAUUGAAGAUGUCGGUUUUAGUAUCAAAAGUGUGGCUGCUGUGCCUUGUCUUUGAUGGACAGAAAAUCCUUGGCAGGAAGUUUGAGUCAGAAUUACCUUGCAGUUUGAAUAAUUAGAAGGUCAUGGCGGUUCAGAAACCACACUUCAGGCUUUUCCUGCAGAACACUUCUGAAUUUACCUGUAGCCUAAUUCCUUUAAUUCCUUAAUUUCUAGUGCUGGUUCUGUCUUUGGCUGAUUUAAUUGUAUUCCUGAGGGCUCUACUGGGCCUUUUUCUCACUGCUAAACUGCAGGUUACAAAAGGACAGAGAUUUAUUUCUGUUUAGAUCUUUACUGGUACUAAUGUCGAGACAAGGUAAAGCCUUGGGAUGCUGAGGAGGGGGUUCCCUCUCUUAUGUACUUGAGUCAUAUCCAGGCUGUCUUUUUCAGAUUACUUCCACUGCAAGAUAUUUCUCAAAUACUAUCGUAUUUCAGCAGUGGUUUUAGGUUAACAGCAUGGUACAGAAUGAAACUGCUCCCCCUUAAUUACUAAGGGGAAAGGAGUGACCUUAAACUGUGAUGUUUUUGCAGCUCUUCAUACUGUACUCUUCAGUUCUGCUCCCUUAUUGGGCAACCAACAGUUUGGAGCUGACUAAAAGUUUAUGCGGCCGCACAUUGCCUGUGAUAGAGUACUCCCCCGCCCCUUUUGAUAGGCAUGGAACUCGAUGACUUCUCUCUAGCCAAUAAGAAUUAUCCAUGUCCAUACGCAUGCUAGUUCCUGGAGUUUGUCUCAUUGUCACACUCUAAUAUGACCAAGUGGUGGAAUCCAGGGCAGGCAGGCUCAGUGCUCAUAUGGCUUCUCUUGCAUCCUGUGAGACAAAGUGAAUAGGCUGCAAUAUGGAAUGCAGAUUAGGGAACCAGCCUACAGACCCAGCCGGUACUGCCCGGAGUCCCUGUAAUAUAUGGGCCUUUUCUGCUCCCUCAUAAUGAUGGGUGUUUUGCUGUUUUCUGAGGAAGCCGACUUGUACAGACAGUGAAUUAUUAUGGAGUUGAAUUGCAGCAGUGCAGAUGUUCCUGGGAAGAUCUUGUAGCAACUCAAUAAAACUUUACAAAUAUUUGCACUGAAACCUGAGUCGAUCUGUCUAGGCACUGUAGAUGUAAUUAUUAAAUUGAAAAAUGCUUGAUCUGUGUACCCGCUGAACAACAGACAUAUCCAUCAAGAGAUGCACAAAUUCUGUGUUUUUUUCUUUCUUUUAACAUUAAUCCAGUUUGUUAGUUUACCCAUAGGAUAUUUAGUCCUGGGAAGUUCUGCUCUUUUUACUCGGACAGAAAAAAAAAGAGUCUCUUGUAAAGUGGGAGGAUCGUGCAAGUUCAGGGAGGUUCAGCAAGGAGUGGAAGUGGAACAAAGAGCAGGCAGUGACGGGGGAUUUUUUUUUGUACUCUGUAACAAAAUAAGACCACUAACCACUGCCCACAGCUGCAUUGCUUUUUGGGUCCUAGAUUGUUAGCUUCCCAGCUUGUUCUUUCCUCCAUGAAAUCCAUUUGUACAGGGGAGCUGAGUGAAUCCAAUGGUUUUCUUGGUUUGUUUUCGUUCUGCCUUUAGUUUGUGGCCUGUCCUUUUUGUGAUUGGGAAAAAAGGCAUUUUUGUAGCAGGGUCAAUUGGUCGGCUGGUUGCACGCGUGGUCAUGUGCUUCCCUCAUCUCUCUGUCGAAUGGGAAAUGCUCACCCAGUCUCCCAGAACAGAGACAUUGAACAAUUUUGUUGUUUAUAUGAUGUAUUUAUUUUUACUUGUGUUUCAUGUCAUUUUUUAAAAAAAAUAAUAAAUUGUAAGUUGGUAUAAUGCC